CGAGAUAGAAAGAGAGAAAGAGAAAUUCGAGUGAGCCCCGAAGAGCGAGAGGGAGGCAAAGAGUCGAAGGAAAAAAGGAUGGGGCGGUCUUACGUGGAAAGGCAUAUUUUCCGCGCGAAAUAGGACAGAGAUAUGUUCGGUGCUCGUACGUAAAGAGAAGAAAAACAAAAAAACAAAAAAAAAACAGACCAAAAAACAAACUAGUGAGGUUACGAACGGGGGAUGGAGUGUAGCUUCGCAGGAGAAACCACCGCGAGGAAAGCUGAUCCACCCUCUAGGCGCAGAGUAGUGGCGGCGAUGUUGCUGGUGUUGUCGUCUUUUUUCGACCGAAUUUUUUUCUCGUCAAACGCGAACGACGUCCCGUUAUCGGUGGGACGGUAUUUUUGAAAAUCAGUGAACCAUCGAACCAAUCGGAUCGUUGUUACGUGCGACGAGGAAUUUAUUCCAAUCAGUGACCGCACACCUCGACGUAGCCACCGCAGUGAUUCGGAUCCCGGGAGGAUGCGAAAUAUCACAGUGACAACAUUUUUCGAUCAAUCAAACCCCCUUUGUUACAAUCUCGACGGUGGUGAUUAUUUUAAACGUGUUAAACGCCGCUAAAUCGAAUUAACCGAACAUUAAUGUACAGUCCCCGAAAAUUUCAUUGUGACCCGCGACGCCCUUUUCUCCCUUGUUGUUGCGAAUUCGUUAACGGAAUUUCGACUCGUUGAAUUUUAUCGUGAAAAAAUUUCAUCGAUUGUCCGAGAAAUUGCGAGAUCUUCGGGUGGUGGUAGACGUUGCGCAAGUUUCGCGAAAAGGGGAGCACGUAUAAUAUUAUUGCGAUCAGCUGAUUGUGCAAUGUGUGCAGCGAUAAACCGAUGAAAUAAUUAAAAUGGAACGUCGAAUUCAACAAAUAUAUAUAUGCUGAUGUAAUGGACACCGUUAAUCACAUUAGUGACAUGGCAAUUCGUGUGGGAAAAUGUCGUUUUUCAAAGACCGUCGCGUGCGGUUAUCUAUUUCUUACCCUCCGUAAGUGCCACCCCCAUGACGUAAGAAGGAUGAAAAAAUGAAUAAAUAAUGGAAUAGAGGGAGCAGGAAAAGAGAGAAGGAGAACCUUGCCACAUGACAUUGCAGACGUUUAUACCUGGUCUGAGGGAAUAUUAUAUUCCCCAUCGCUCGACGCGUCGGACGAGCAGGUUUUCCGAAAGCAAAAAUAUCGGUUUUUCUUUUUUCUUCAUCAAAAUCGGCUUCGAAACUCGGUCACAGAUUAAUCGGUCUUCGGGCUAAAUGGGUCGGAAUGUGACGGAAAAUAUUCGGAGUUUGUUAACAAAUGCCUAAAUACAGUAGAACUGAUAAUGGCUGCUGAUGUCGGGCUUUCGGGGUCAAGGAAACAGAAGCCUGAUAAAACUGUCUAGUGAAAUAGAAAACUAGUGAAAAAGGGGUAUGGAGAUUCCGACCCUGGAAAGAUGUGAGUUUUAGUGAGAGAAUCUGAAUUAUUCGAUCAAAUCGAAACCUAAUUCCCGCACGUCGAGGUGAAGUGUGACUUAUAUGUACAUAUGUGCAUCGGCAAAAAAGCUUGUUGUUGCUUUUGUUCCAACUCUGAAAAAUUUAUUAUGCAUCGUUAGCGGUUGAAAUUUAUGAAAUUCUAUGAAAAUUCAAAUACUCAAUUUUAAAAUAAAAACUUCAAACUUUAAUAGUGCCUGCGAUACGGAGCAAUAAAAUAAAUUCUGUAAUUAAUAAAAUAUACAAAUCAAUUCGUUAGGUAAUUAUUAAAUAAUAUUCAUUCAUAUUUUCAAUAUUACGAUUAUAUCUAUAAACUGUUAUAAAGGAAAACGUUGUUGAGCCUAGAAUAUAUAGAAUUUUAAUAUCAAAGAAAAAAACAAAUUAAUAAUGAUUUUAAUGGCCAGUUGAAUAACUCGGUAUAUUAAUUGCUAGAGAUCAUAUUUUUCGCUCUUUGCCGGGCUGCUUACUUUUUCUUGCGAUAAAAAUAAAAAAAGUAAGAAAAAGCUGUUGAAUAUUACGUAGAAUGUUUAAUUGAAUUUGUGUCGAGAAAGAUCUUCGGAGUCGAAUUAAAGAAUAAAAUAUCCUAUCGACGUACAUUUCGAUGAUUUCGUCGAGACAAAGUCGAGUGUGAAAAGAAAACGUUAUAACACAAACAAUCGAAUGGACGUCUGCCGAUGCGGUCCGUGUCUUUCGCCCGGAUCCGGGGGCUCGACUUCUAGGCGUUGGGACGCCGUUCAAGGUUCGAGUGCGUCGUCGGAACCUUUACUUUUAUUGGAAAUGGGUGCCAGGGGUUGGCAUUACGAGGCCUUGCCGGAUCUUCAAGGAUCGGCGGCCGUCACACCGACUUCCGCGGCGUCACCGAAUCCCCAAAGGGCGCAACACACCUCCGCGCCAAGGGUCAAUUUUCAGCCCGAAAAUAUCGCGUCGACCAGACGUCGCAGCAGCGUGAGAUGCUCGGGAGGACCUCCCAGACGAAGAAGUCGAAGUAUGAGCGCUUGGAGCGAUCUUUCAAGGUCGUCGUUCAGGCUAGAUGAAAGAGUUCGGGUGGAGUACUACGUGAACGAAAAUACAUUCAACGAGCGUCUCCAGCUUUACUUCAUAAAAAAUCAACGAUCCAGUCUGAGGAUACGAUUGGCCAAUCUUUUUUUCAAACUGCUCACCUGCUUCCUGUACAUAUUCAGAGUCGUUACCGACAACGAUCCAACGUUCGCGGCAUGUUACGGUUGCACGCCGGCGAACAAAACGGAGUUUCUUAUAUCGCAAAACCUUACGGAGGAAGAAUUUCAGGAAAAUCCAACGAUAAACUGGGAUGCGAUCGUCUGGGUUAGAAGACCACUCGAGUUAUGGGGGGUGCAAGUCUUCCUCGCGAUGAUAUCGCUGACGGAAGCUCUCCUCCUCGCCUACCUGGGAUAUAAGGGCAACAUCUGGCAGCAGCUUCUUUCCUUCCAUUUCAUCCUGGAAUUGGUCAACACGAUCCCAUUCACCAUCACGCUUCUCUAUCCACCGAUGAGAAACCUGUUCAUACCGGUGUUUUUGAACUGCUGGUUGGCCAAACACUCUUUGGAGAACAUGUUCAACGAUCUUCACCGUGCCAUGCAAAAGUCACAGUCAGCAUUGAGCCAACAGCUGAUGAUUCUCAGCGCCACUUUACUCUGCCUCGUAUUUACCAGCGUUUGCGGAAUACAACAUUUUCAACGUGCUGGACACAGGCAUCUUAAUCUUUUUCAAAGUACCUACUACGUCGUAGUGACAUUUUCUACAGUCGGUUAUGGUGAUUUUGUACCGGAUAUUUGGCCGUCGCAAUUAUACAUGGUCAUCAUGAUUUGCGUCGCAUUAAUUGUACUCCCCACUCAGUUUGAACAGCUGGCUUUCACGUGGAUGGAAAGACAAAAGCUAGGGGGUUCUUACUCGUCUCAUAGAGCGCAAAGCGAGAAACACGUCGUCGUUUGCAGUACAACUUUGCAAGCAGAUACGAUUAUGGAUUUCUUGAACGAAUUUUAUGCACAUCCGUUGCUCCAGGACUAUUACGUAGUUCUCCUGUCGCCGAUGGAACUUGACACGACGAUGAGAAUGAUCCUGCAAGUUCCAAUUUGGGCGCAGAGGGUGAUUUACAUCCAAGGAUCUUGUCUCAAGGACGGCGAUCUCGCGAGAGCGCGAAUGAACGAAGCCGAAGCGUGUUUCGUUUUGGCUGCCCGAAAUUACGCCGACAAAACUGCCGCCGACGAGCACACUAUACUGAGAUCGUGGGCGGUGAAGGAUUUUGCACCGGCGGUUCCUCAGUACGUCCAAAUAUUUCGACCUGAGAACAAACUGCACGUUAAAUUCGCUGAACAUGUGGUAUGUGAAGAUGAAUUUAAAUAUGCCCUGUUAGCGAAUAAUUGUACCUGUCCGGGAGCCUCGACCCUGGUCACUUUGCUCCUUCAUACAUCGAGAGGACAAGAAGGCCAACAAUCGCAGGAAGAAUGGCACAGACUUUACGGAAAAUGUUCCGGUAACGAGAUCUACCACAUAAUACUCGGGGACAGUAGAUUCUUCGGUGAAUACGAAGGGAAGUCCUUCACCUACACCUCUUUUCAUAGUCAUCGAAGAUACGGUGUUGCUUUGGUCGCCGUACGUCCCGCGGAACUUCCCGAAUUCUACGAAGACACGAUUCUUUUGAAUCCAGGCCCUCGUCAUAUAAUGAAAAAGACGGACACCUGCUACUACAUGAGCAUCACGAAAGAAGAAAAUUCUUCGUUCGUCGUGGCGAAUCACCAGAGCGGUUUACCCUCGGAUCAGCCAUCCCAGGUCGUAGUUGAGACUAAACAGGAUUCUGGCGGAGCCGGAGGAAGCACCGUAGCGGGGGGCGACGGAACGACAUCGGCACCUGUUACUCAAGGAGGGAAUGGUACAGCAAUGAACGUCGGCCCAGAAGUCCUCCACACGUACCGCUACAAAAACAACAGUUAUAAUACCAUGAGUGAAACACCUUUACAGGCCUGCAUGGGGAGCCAGGGAAACGGUCAUGGUCAAAAUAAAAAUUUUUACCAUUUGCCAACACCCCAAGUUGUCUUGCAGGCUCCCCUUAGCACGCCUACUACUACUACUACUACUACUACUACUACACUUGACCAACACCAAAACCUACUUGCAUCCGAUGUUCACCCCAUGUAUCUCGACCCCGGGGGUGCAGGGGAUUCGAGACAAUGUCUGAAGGAAAGUGGAUCGUCACCUCAGACCCCCAUGACUGGGAAUCACCUCGACGUACCGAGAUCCGUCGAUCCGAAUCCAAAUCUCUUGAGCCCUGAAAUCCUGACACAAAGAAGAGGAAGCAGACGCCCUAGCAUCCUUCCGGUCCCGGAUAUGCUAACGAGUUCCACGUUACAUCUUCCUGGUCAAGAAUCUUUGGAUCACGAAGGAGACGAAUCCGAGGACGAAAUGGACGACGACGUACCCUGGAGAUCGCCAAGCGAAAAAAUAGCUCUUCGUGGGAUAGUCAAAGGGUUUCCACCGGUAUCACCCUUUAUCGGAGUUUCCCCGACGUUGUGUUAUCUUUUGAAAGAGAAAAAACCACUUUGCUGUCUGCAGCUUGCACAGGUCUGCGAACACUGUUCAUACCGAAACGCCAAAGAAUAUAACUGGCAGAAUAAAACGAUAAUAUUAGCCGCCGACUACGCCAGCAACGGAAUAUACAAUUUCAUAAUUCCACUGCGAGCGCAUUUCAGAUCAAAGACAUCACUGAACCCGAUUAUCCUGCUGUUGGAAAGGCGACCAGAAAUUGCGUUUCUCGAUGCAGUUUCGUACUUUCCCUUAAUAUAUUGGAUGCUGGGCUCUAUCGAUUGUCUCGACGAUUUACUGAGAGCCGGUAUAACCCUCGCGGAAAAUGUCGUCGUUGUAAAUAAAGAACUCAGCAAUUCCGCCGAAGAAGAUAGCUUGGCCGACUGUAACACGAUAGUCGCCGUGCAGACGAUGUUCAAAUUCUUUCCUAGUAUCAAGAGCAUAACGGAGCUGUCCCAGUCGAGCAAUAUGAGAUUCAUGCAGUUCCGGGCUCAUGACAAGUAUGCCCUGCAUCUCAGCAAAAUGGAAAAGGUACUCCUCAGUGCUACUUCCGGUGACAACUACUCCGAUGAGCCUCCGAUGGGCUCCCCGAGAGAAAAGGAACGGGGUUCGCACAUAUCGUACAUGUUUCGUCUGCCAUUUGCAGCUGGAAGUGUGUUCAGCGCAUCGAUGUUAGAUACCCUUUUAUAUCAAGCCUUUGUCAAAGAUUACGUCAUCACAUUCGUAAGACUGCUACUAGGUGUCGAUCAGGCACCAGGUUCCGGCUUCCUCACUUCCAUGAGGAUAUCAAAGGACGACAUGUGGAUAAGAACGUACGGCAGACUCUAUCAGAAAUUGUGUUCGACGACUUGUGAAAUACCAAUCGGUAUUUACAGAACGCAAGAUACCACAGUCGCCGAUACCUCGCAUGGCGACUCAGAUGCAGAGAGCGACGCUGGUGUUGGCGUAACGUAUAAGAUCCGACAUUCAGCGGCUGCAUCUUGCUUAGCUAAUUGCGCAACACGAGACAAAGGUGCCUCUGCAGUGAGUACCGAUUAUUCGGUAAGUCUCGGGGACGAAGCUCGCGACAACCACGCUCAGCAAAUCGAACGUGCGGAGAUAGCGAAUCUGGUGCGAUCGAGAAUGGAGUCUUUGAAUCUACCGGUGGCUGACUACGACGAUGUGUCGGAGAAACGAAAUUCAUUGUCAUAUGUGAUAAUCAAUCCUAGUUGUGACUUGAAACUCGAAGAAGGAGAUAUAGUGUAUUUAGUACGACCCAGUCCAUUUUCAGCUCAAAAAACAUUCGAGAGACAUAACUCUAGGAGAAAGAGUAACAUUAGUUUUUGUUCGGCGCAAUUGGUGGCUCAAAUGAGCGCGGCUGUGGCAUCGGCGGGAAUUGGUGGCGGCCCUGGGAGCCGGCGAGGUUCGGGGAUUGGGUUGGCUAGGGCGCCACCUCUUGGAAAUACAAAAUCAAAUUCUCUCUCUUUACCGGACAGUCCCACUGUAGCCGGUCAGCUCCGGGGCCGUUCUAAUUCGUUGAGGGUAGUCGAUGACAUUUUGCUGAGACGUAGCAAUUCGCUUAGACAGGGUCUUCCCACGAGGAGGAAAAGUAGCCUCGAAGACAUUGGUCUUGGAGCCUUAUCUCAUCCGUCAAAUCACAACCCAAUUAAAAUUGCUUUGAACGGUUCUAUCGGCUUAGAGGUCACUCCGCCGGAAGAGGGUACUCCCGGAGGUGGCGCUAGUAACACCGGAAUCCUCGAUGUAGGGCUACCAUCCCUAUCUGCGAUGGGUGGAAGCGGCCUCGGCCCUUCACUCGGAGCAGGUCUCGGUGGCUCCCUGGGAGGUCUUUACGAUCCACCAUCCCUCCAAAGUCCCAUGGGACCGCCUCCCAUGCAAAUUCAAGGGAGUUCGCAGGACCCCCAACACAUUCAAGGGACGAUAGUAUGAUACAACCUUAUGUGGGGACGCCGGCUAUCUAGCGUAGUUCGGAAUAAAUGGCUGUAAAAACGUCCCCACAUAGUUCAUUAAAAGAAAAAAGUAUAUAUAUAUACAUAGCUAUAUACAUAUACUAUAGAAAUGCCAAUUUAUAUACCACCCUAUCGGAUUUAUGUAAAUAUAGAUUAUUGAUUAGAUCAUAAUUCAACUAUUAGGAAUUACGAUUUUUAAUUCACUACAAGAACAAUAAGGCAAUGAGGGUAAAUGAUCAAUGAUGCAUUAUGAAGAAUAUCUGCUUUUCACGAGUGUUACAAUUUUCAUAAAUAUUCCCUUGAAAUGCGAGCACAUUCAGAGAUAUACGACUGGAAUUUACUCAUUCUGGUCUGCUGCACCGAAAGCUUAAAACAGCCAAUAGCCGACGUUCGUUCUUGAGAAAGUAAAAGCUGCAUACGAUCCCUCGUUCUUCAGCGGCAUAUGAUAGAUGCAUGAAGCAAUCAGCGAUUCGAUUUCUCGGCUUCAUUUUAUACGUCAGAAACGUGGCUAACGCCAAAUAACAAGAAAAACGAUGACAAAAAAAGAGACAAAAAAAAAUCACGGCAAACAACUUCUUGAGGAAUAAAUUAUUCCGGUGCAUGAUAAUUCCAUGUAACAUGAACGAUAAUAAAGACUCCACGACUUGAUCAUUUUUAUACUAUGAAACUUAGACGAGUACGACCAUUUUAUUCAUAUCAUGAUUAUAUUGCAUAGAACUAACUCACUCACUACGUCUAAUAUAAUUACCCUUUAAAGUACUAAUUUAGGCAGAACUCUGAUUCCUUUCAAAUAUACACUGUCAGAAUUUUGCAAGCUUUAUAGAGUGAAAUUAUACUGCGAUUAAAGUAAAGAUAUAAGAAGUGAAUUACUGAAUAAAUUAACUAAAUAAUGGACGAACAAUAUCAAAAAAUGGGUGAGAAAAAAAGAUGAAAAAAAAAAUAAUAGAAUAAAAUUAUGGCUUCUCUUCUAAGACAGGCCUAUAAUUAUUAUCACUUAUAGGAGACACCCUAGAUGUUAAUAAUACCCUAGAUAAAUAAUAUGUUCAUAUUUUAUUUUUAUAUAAUAAUAUGAUUAUAAGAUAUAUCAGAUCAUUACAUGACCAUUAUUAAAUUUAAUACAAUAAGUAGCUAAAAUUUUCGGAUAAUUUCACGUUCUGCUACUUAUUUGAAAAGUAUUAUAUCACAAUUACGCUAGCAUUUACGUAUUAUACCCCGAGAUGACUCGUAAAUUAAUUAUAUUUCAAAAUUUUAUUCGUUAAAGAUGAACUGAUCAUCAAAAUCGUGUUGAUAUUAUACAUGAUGUUUAUAUAGGAUAACAUUAAUUAUAUUGUAAAAAUCAAUUAGCGACGUCUCCGAAAUAGAGAAUUAUAAUGUCCGAAUGACCGCGACGCGAUGUUUUCAAUCAUUAAAAAAAAAAAAAAAUGUUUUGAAUGGGGCCAUCAGCUUAUUAAUGUCAUUAUUUCCGACAAUCUUUUCCGUACGAUUCAAUCUUUGCCAAAUGAAUGAGAAAAUAAUAAUAACAUUAAUAAUCAUAAUUAUUGUCAUUAUAUUGAUAACCAACAAAAAAAAAAAAAAAAAACCUUUCAAUCUCUGAACCAGAAACAAUCUGUUUAGGGCCACAGAAAAGUCUAGGCCGACCGUGACCAAUUUUUCAAAUAUUUUACGGAUCCGUCAAAUUGAAUUACGAAUUUUUAUCUCGCACGACACUGUUCUGAUUAUUAUUAAUUUAGGUAUCAAGUAAUGUAAUUAAGCUUAAUUUUUGACCUUUCGAAACCUAAUUAUUCGUUCAAUCGAAUAUUUAUCGUAUAAUUAUGUAAUGUUUAAUUAAAGCCAGUUUCCAACUUACACUUGGUGAAUUAUAAAGUCAAACAAAUUACAGUAAUGAUUAUAUUAACAAAAACAGCAAAAAUAAUAUUCCCUACAAUGCACGAAUUUCGGAUAGAAUUUUUUGAACAUCCUGAAAUUUAUUUAAUAUAAAACUACGAUGCAGUGAAUUAUUUAAGAAGGCACGUUUAAUCUGCUUGAGGGUUCUAAGAUUCCUAACGAUAUAAAUAUUUAUUAGAGAAGGAGAAAAUAAAAUUAUAUUAAUAACGGUCGAAUACAUUAGCAGAAAAACAGAUGUUAUAAUAAUGUGAUCAUUACAUCUUUAGGCAACAAAAAAUAUAUAUGUACAUAGAUAACUGAAAUCAUAUAAAUGCAAAAAUGUGUGACCUAUAGAAAUUUUCAAUUAUAUAAUAAUAACAAUAAUAAUAAUAAUAAUAAUAAUAUCAUAAUAACUUAGUAUGUCUCAUAGUAAGUUAACAAAACUAUGUAUUUUGGUUUUCAUAUAUACAAAAAAAGACGAAUUAUAGGUUUCGAUUUUAUCAGACGACUACAACUAUACGUUAUAAAUGAUUUAUUAAACGUACACGUUAUAACCAUAAUUUAUUUUGAAUGUCAUAAUCGGAAAAAUAUUUACCCAAAUGAAAUAGAAUAUCGAAAAUUGUACCUAUAUGGGAAGAUGGGGCAAAACGGGGUACGCCAAAAAUUUUGUAGAAAUUUUCAUCAUUCUGGAUGGAAUUUUUAUUUUCUACAUGGUUUCCGUUUUUCUCCGCCUUCCCCUACAUAUAUGUCAUAUGCAUACAUCGUAUAGGUUGUAUGUAUAUAAUGUAGAAAAUUAAAAUUAUUUAUCUUAUGUUGGUAAAAAUUAUUACAAAUCAAAUACGCCAAUUAUUAGAAAUCCACUUGGAACAAUAUGAUCAUACGUUCUUUUAUCUUGACAAACAUACCUUAUAUCUGCAUUGCUUUAUUUUACGCAUAUUAAUUCACGAAUUUGUAACCUCGGAAUAAAUUUAGUCUGCAUCAAACAUUUUGAUGUAAUUUUUUUCUCGCAAAAAUAAUUAUUCAUAUUCAAUUUCUUUUUAUUCCUAGAUUUUAGAUUUAUGUACCAAAAUUCGAAAUAUAUACCACAUUAUUAUAAUUACACGUUGUAUUAUAAGCUAUUACGAUGAUAUAACUAUAACAUGCGAUAUCAUCCAUCCCUCGACCAGAAACUGUAAGCUGCUGUACGUAAUGUGAAAAAAAAAGAAGGAAUAUAUAUGAUAACUAUGAAUAAUUAA